UUUGCACUGAACAACUUUGCCCCGGAACAAACAACAACUCUCGCAGAGUUUGUGUUUGUUGCUCAAAGGUGUUAAAUGUUAUUGGUGUGUUGUGGAAGCUAGUUGAUUGUUGAUGAAUAAAAUCAAAUACGUAGAGCUGUUUUUAUGAUAAGAUAAUAGGGGCGAUAUAAACAGAGCAGCAAAAUGGAUCACGAAUUCCAGAUGAGUGUGACCAAAGCCUUGCACCCCUCGGAGCAGCCAUUAAAAAUGAAACAUGCCCGUUCGGUGAUUAUUGCAACACAUCGCUAUAAAGGUGCAAAAAUGUUCUGGAACAUUGUUACGCGACAGCCGUUGAUGGAGCACCGUUUCACUGCUUGGAAAUUUUGUCAUGUACUGCAUAAAGUGUUGCGAGAGGGUCAUGAGAAUUGCAUACGCCAUUCGCAAGUGCAUAAAACUCUAAUAUUAGAGGUGGGCAAGUUGUGGGGCCAUUUGCAUGAUGGCGUGGGCAAAUGCAUUGAGAGCUACACCCAAUUGUUGGUGAACAAAUUGGACUUCCAUCAGAAGAAUUUGGGCAUACCAGGGGCAAUUACCAUGGAUUUCAAUGAUAUACGAAAAAUCACAGGGGAUGAUUUGAAUAAUUAUUUUCAAUUGUGUGUUGAAAUAUUUGAUUAUUUGGAUUGUAUAAUUGCCCUGCAGGCGGUUAUAUUCCAGGCACUGAACACUCAUCGCCUGUCAUCGAUGACUCCCCAGGGCCAGUGUCGUUUGGCGCCACUCGUUACCAUGAUACAAGAUUCAAAUCCCCUAUAUGAUUUGUGUGUUCGUGUAUUGUUUCGUUUGCACGAUGGCAUACCCCAUGACAUAUUGGCGGGUCAUCGUACACGUUUUAAUGAAUUAUUUGUUAAAUUAAAAUAUUUUUAUGAAAAUGUACGACCAUUGCAAUACUUUUCGGAUAUCAUACAAUUACCCCACCUACCCGAUGCAGCACCGAAUUUCUCUUCGGUGCAUGAUGUGGGUAAUUACAUUGCACCCGUCAUGCAUGUUUACCAGGAGGAGGAAUUGCCUACAGUUGAGGAGAGUUUAUUGGACUUGUCAAAUUCAAGUGAAAAUAAUGCCUCGCCUGAACAACAGCCACCGACACCGGCUGAAGAGCAGAUUGAUGAGGCCCAAAUCAUGAUUGCCAAUUUGCAAGAAGAGUUAAGAGUGCGACAAGUGCAUAUUGAUCAACUGGUUAAUAUUACCAGGGAAAUGUCUAAUCUUCAGGUACGCAAUGAGGCCUUGGAGGCAGAGGUUAAUUUGACCAAGGAAAUGUUGAGAAACACCAAUCAAAUCAAAGAAAAUUUGGAGCAAAAGCUCAAGGAAAUGGAAGAACUGGAGGUAGAGGUGAAAGUGGGAGAUGACAAGUGUAAGCAGGUGGAGGAGAAAUUUGAUAAGAUAAAAACCAUGUAUGCCAAAUUAAGAGAAGAGCAUAUACAACUAUUAAGGGUCCGAAAUGAUGAUUCCAAACAGUUGAUGGCCGAACGCAAGAAAAAUGAAGACUUACAAACUGAGAUUCUAGCCCUUAAGGCCAAAGAGGAAGACUUCAGCAAAGCUGAGGAGAAAAAUGUGGUAUUGAAUGAAAAAAUUAAGGAACACGAGGAGACACUUAGCAAAAAGGAAAUAAGAUUAAAGGAACUGGAACAGCAGCUUAGUGAAUCUAAGGCAUUAUUCGAAAAACAUGAUGUCGAUAAAAGUGCCAGGAUAAGUGAAUAUGAAAAUCAAAUAAUGGAACAAAAAAUGGAAUUGAAAAAAUUCAAAGAAAACUAUGACUUGGAGGUACAAACGAAGCAGCAUGAAAUGCAAGAAUUGAUGGAAAUCAAAACACAACAUGAAACUAAUUUACAGGAGUUGCAACAACAACUCGAGGCUACCACAAAGGAUAAGGAGAAUUUAAGCCUUAAAUUGCAGGAGAUUGGAAAGGAGAUGUUGCAAAAGAUCCAAACACAUGAAAAUGAAAUGCAAAUGAAGGCGACUGAAGUUGAUCAACUGCAGGCCACGCAAGCCCAACAAAGUGAGACCAUAAAGAGUCUAGAAGACAAACAACAAGAGUUGAUACAAAUUAAAACACAACAUGAAAAUCACUUACAGGAAUUACAACAACAAUUGGAAAUCGCCGCAAAGGAUAAGGAGAAUUUAAGCCAUAAAUUGCAGGAGUUGGAAAAAGAAAUUUUGCAAAAAACCGAAAAACACGAAAGUGAAAUUAAAUUGAAAACGGUUAUGGUAGAUCAGCUGCAGGCAACACAAAGCGAACAAAGUGAGACCAUUAAGAGCUUGCAGGAUAAACUACAAGAAAGUACAGCCACCAAUGAAAAGUUUAGCCAAAAUCUUGUCAAUAUGAACGAGCAAAUCAACAAUAUUUUCGGUCAAUUGGAAACAGCCAAAAAGGAAAUUGUGGGCCAUCAAAUCAAGGAAACUAACACACGUAAUAUGAUGGACAAUUUGGUAUCCUCGUUAAAUAAAUUACUUGCAAAUAAUGUUCAAAAAGAUUUCAAUUUUAAAAAUCUCGAAAUGACCUCUGUACCGCAGGCGUGUGAAGUAAAUGUUCAGCACAUCCAAAAUCUAUUACACAAAAUGCCACAAGACUAUAAAUCCCUACAAGAAACUCAAGGUCAAAACCUUGGUCCAUUUUUGUCUUCGUAUUUAGAGUUGAGUCAGCAUUUAAAAAUAUUCCAUGAGCAUAUCAUGUUGAUUCUCAGUAAUACCACCGAUCUGAAUAAGGCCGAAGAGUUGCGGUUACUUUGCAACGAUUUGCGUCAGUCUGUUGUGAAUUUGUAUCAGGGCAUUGAACAAAGUUCGGAGGUAGCAGUAAUUGAAAAUAUUUCCCUUAAAGAGAUUAAACCCAAAUUGAAUGCCAUCCAAACGGUGGUCACUUCCUUGCAAAAUUCCUUCAGUGAAAGCCUUAAUGUGGGCGAUAUGCUGCAGCAGGAACUCAAACAAAUGGAUAACAUUAUUGAGGAGGCAACCAAGGAAAUUAUGGAUCUACUGCUGAAUACCAAAUCCCAACAUGAGGGCAUUAAACUAGAGGUCAAUGAGAAAAUUUUGGAUUCAUGUACCAAUCUCAUGCAAUGCAUUGUGGUGUUGAUACAACGUUCUCGGGAAUUGCAAAAUGAAAUUGUGUCCACCCAAAAGGGAUCUUCCACAGCCAAGGAGUUUUACAAACGUAAUAGUCAAUGGACUGAGGGUCUGAUUUCAGCCUCCAAAAGUAUUGCCAAGGGCGCCAAAUAUCUGGUGGAUGCUGCCAACAAAACCAUUGGUUCCGAUUCAGCUGAAUGUUUUGAGCUGAUUGUGGCUGCCCAAGAUAUUGCCGCCAGUACAGCUCAAUUGGUCAUUGCCAGCAAGGUUAAGGCACGAAAUGAUAGCCACAAACUUUCUAAUCUAACUAAGGCUUCGCGUGAUGUCUCAAUGGCCACGGGUCAGGUAGUGGCCACAGUGCGUGACGGCAAUAGCAAAUUGGAAUAUAAAAAUGAAAUAGAUAUAUCCAAAUUGACACCCUCCCAAAAGAAAACCAUGGAAAUGGAAAUGCAAAUCAAGGUUCUGCAAUUGGAGCAUUCACUGCAAAGUGAGCAACAAAAAUUAAUGUCAUUCCGCAAGGCAUUCUAUCAAAGUGCAGAUGAGGAUAACAUGACAUUAGUUUUAAAAGUAAAUUGUCGGGCCUGUAAUCGAGAAUGUGGCGAUUACAAACACCUGAUGGAUGAGACGCUAAUCGACGAUGAGGCCACAACGCUUGCUGCUCUGCUGAAUUAUUGCACCACAUUGGAUUGUUUCGAUGGUAAUGAAGACUUCUCCUUGCCCGAGCACAUAUGCAAUAGCUGUGUGGAACAUUUACUGCAAUCGUACCUGUUCAAGGAAAUGGUUCUACAAAAUGACCGCGACUUGCGGGAACGCAUUAAAAGGGAAAUGGAAGAAUCACAAUCCAAUCUGGAAAUUGAUCACGUAGUACAGGAGGGCGAUGAUGCUGGCAGUGAGGUGGCCAACGAUAUGAAAGAGUGCGACUUGGUGGAACAGGAAAUCGAUGUGGGCGAGGCAGAAGAGGAGAAUCUUAAGGGGAUUCCAGCAGAAAACAGAGUUGUGGAAAAGCAAAAAACAACAACGAAAAAAGAAGCCAAGAUAGAACCAAAAGCCAAGAAGGCCAAAUUGGAUGUGGUGGAUGAGCCCAAAAAAGAAGACUUAGAGGAUGAUAUUGAUGAAUAUGAAAUGGUUGAAUGGUUGGAAAUAGACGAAGAAAGUUCAACAACUAACGAGGGGCGACCUGAGUCGUCACAUCAGGAAGUGGAAGAGCAGCAUUUUAUAAGGAUCGAGGAGAAUGGUGGUGAGGAUCAAGAAUUCUUGGCUGCAGAAGACGAAGUGGAACAGUUUGAAAGCAAUGAAUCAAUAGAUGAUAGUAAAGAUUAUGAGAAGGAAAAUGGCAUUAAUCAGCAAUCCGAGAAAGAAACAGAAGAGGAUGAAGUAAAGAAAAUACCCAGAAAGAAAUUUGUUAAGACUGGUGGCUUGACUGAAGAAGACCUGAAGUGUCAAUAUUGUGGCAAACAAUUCGAUAAAAUGUGUCGUCUGCGUGAACACACCUAUGUCCAUACGGGUGAAAAGCCUCAUGUAUGUCAAAUAUGCGGUAAAAGAUCUCGUACCAAAACCCAUUACAAUGUCCACAUGUUAACACACAGUGAAGAGAAGAAAUAUCGUUGCGACAUCUGUGGCCAACAUUAUCGUACCUCGACUAGUUUAAGAGUUCAUGAACGUAAACAUUCAGAUAUACGUCCCUACGCUUGUCCCAUCUGCGAUAAAUCUUUUCACACGGCAGAACAAAAGAAAUUGCACGUUAUGAUCCACACGGGAGAAAGGCCAUACAAAUGUGAUAUGUGCGAUAAAGCUUACAGAGAAAAUCAUUCCUUGAAGCAACAUAUGCUCACACAUGGUGACAAGAAACCCUUCCAAUGUGAUGUGUGUGGCAAGGGUUUGACGCAAAUGUCAGGUUAUAGACGGCACAUGCUUUUGCACACGAACGAGUAUCCAUAUAGCUGUGAUAUAUGUGGACGACCGUUUAGAAUCUCCAGCAAUUUGGUGGCCCAUAAACGGUUACAUUUUGAUACGUUACCCUACCAAUGUACAGUCUGUUCAAAGGGUUUCAAUAAUUCAUCACGCCUAAAGAAACAUAUGCUCCAGCAUGAGAAGGACUCGACCAAAGAAUCGUUUAAGCCACGUAAACAACGUCAGGAACCAAUUGUUGUCGAUACGAAAAUGUGCAAGUCAAGAGUAGUUGAAAUUAUUUAAAAAUACCCUACAGUCAACGUUUAUAGCUAUGCCGCUAUUUGUUUGCAAUUAUUUGGAUAUUUUAAGUUCUCUUUUUUCUCUUUCUUAUUUAAUAUUAAUUCUUAUUUUCUUUUCACACAUUAUGUACGUAAUAUAUUGUUAUAUUUGCAAGUAAGAAUUACUGUAUGUCCGAAUAGAUUUUAAUGCAAAUUGUUUUAUAAGUCACAGCUUAUAAGAAUAUUUUAUUUUAUCCAUAAUGUUAAAUAAGAAUUUUAUACCUACUUUCUCUAGUGAAUAAUUGAAGAAAACUCGUGUGACAGAAAUAAAUAAAUAUUUUUGUAGAAAACAAGUAAAA